CAGUAUGGGUGGCAGCUGGAGACAGGGGACAGGCGGAGUGUGUGCAGGUUCACCCAUCUCCAGGGCUGCCCUCCCCCCCUGACUCACUUCUCCUCCUCCUCCUCCUCAGGGGUCUUCGGGCGCCGCCUGAACGUGUGGAAUCUGUCCUGCCGUACCCUCACGCAGUGCUUUGACCUGGGGGAGGAUUCCCUGCCCCUGAGCGUGAGGUUCCUCCACAAUCCCGAUGCUGCCGAGGGCUACGUCAGCUGCGCCCUGAGCGGCAUCAUCUACCGCUUCUACAAGUGCGAGGCAAGUGCUGGGCCUGCAGCCCUGGGGCCCCGGCUCUGGGACCGGCUGAGAGUGCCCCGAUGGAGGGCUGGGAGCUGGGAGCAAGGAGCCCCAGACUUGCUGCAGGUAUCAACCACGCGUUUCUUGUACAGAGAGACAGCUGGGCAGUGGAGGAGGCCAUCCAGAUACCAGCCAAGGACGUGUCAGGAUGGAUUUUGCCCAAGAUGCCAGCCUUCCCCAGCGACCUGGUCAUUUCCCUGGAUGACAAGUACCUGUACGUCUGCAACUGGCUGCACGGGGACAUCCGCCAGUACGAGAUCUCCAGGAACUGCAAGCCUCGGCUGGUGGGACAGGUGUUUGUGGGAGGCAGCAUCCUGCGAGGCGGACCCGUGACGGUGUGCAGAGAUGAAGAGCUGAAGUGCCAGCCGGAGCCCUUGGUGAUCAAGUGCAAGAGGGUGUACGGCGGCCCUGCUAAGAUCCAGCUCAGCGUGGAUGGCAAGAGGCUGUACGUCACCAACUCCUUCUACAGCACUUGGGACAAGCAGUUCUACCCGAACGUGGUCAAGGAAGGCUCUGUCAUGCUGCAGAUCGAUGUGGACACAGAGAAGGGAGGCCUGACGGUGAACAAGAACUUCCUGGUGGAUUUUGGAAAGGAACCCAACGGGCCUAGCCUUGCCCACGAGAUCCGCUUCCCUUGCGGAGAUUCCACCUCUGACAUCUCUGCCUAGGCACCAUGGAACGGCUCCCCUCUUCUCUCUAGUCUGUAGUGCAGCUGUCAAACGGAGCACGGGGUGAUUGGGUUGGGGGUCCCAUUCCUUGCUGUAAAGUACAUUUCUGCAGCCAGUCCAGGCAGCCUUUGCUUUCUGUGCACACAAGUCCCUGGGUGUGCUCCCCAGAGCAGAGCUCAGCUCCUUGCUCAGACUCUGAGCCGUGCACAACACACAGCUCCUUUCAGUUGAAAUUUGCAUCCUCACCGUGCCAUACAGAGCCUGCUGGAGGCUGUUGAGCCCUCUUUAGGAUACAGAGCUUGCUCACACUUGCUGAUGAAGGCCACAGAAGGUGAAAUGCCCACGUUGUCUGAGUUGCUGUUCUUCAGCCGCAUUCGGUGCUGGGCAGUCCUUCCCUGGCACAGGGGCACAUGGAACCCGCUGGCAUGUGCCAGUGCCUGGGCCAGGAGGUGUUGUAUCGCUGAAGGAGUGUGAAGUGCUUCAGUCAGAAAGGGAUGCCUGAUUCCUGAUGCUGCUUUU